AACUGAAAACUGAAGCUCUAAAUUGUCUCAACCAAGCAAGAGAGAUGGACUCCCAAGGAAAACAUGAUAAAGCUAUAAAACUGUUUGAACAUGCACUUCGCCUUGAUCCUCAACAUGCAGAUAUACUGAACAUGUAUGGGGAAUUUCUAGAGAAACAGGUGGAAGACAUUGUACUUGCUGAGCACAUGUACACAAAAGCCUUAAUGGUCAGUCCUAGUCAUUCAAAAGCUUUGACCAACAGAGAGCGAACGUUACCUCUGGUGGAGGAGAUAGAUCAAAUGAGGUUUAAUAUGAUCGAUAAAAAGCGUGAUCAACUUUACAAAGUACCAGAGAAUGAUGCUGGAUUAAGACGAACUAAAAAAGAGAACUAUUUUAAACAUGUUCACCAUACUACAGCUUUAGAGGGAAAUACUAUGACGCUUGCCCAAACACGCUCUAUCAUAGAAAACAGAAUGGCUAUUGGAGGGAAAUCAAUCAUGGAACAUAAUGAAAUUAUUGGUUUAGAUGCUGCUUUAAGUUUUGUCAAUAACUCUUUAGUACACAGAAUAGGUUCUAUUACAAUUGAGGAUAUUCUAGAGAUUCACAAACGUGUUUUAGGGUUUGUGGAUCCUGUCGAAGCAGGACGUUUCAGGAGUUCUCAAGUUUUUGUGGGCAACCAUGUUCCCCCUCAAGCAGAUGAAGUGAUAUUUUAUAUGGAAGAGUUUAUAGAGUGGCUUAACUCUAGAGCGGCACUAGACCUUCAUCCCAUAGAAUUAGCUGCCCUAGCUCAUUAUAAACUAGUCUUCAUUCACCCUUUCUAUGAUGGAAAUGGCCGAACAUCCCGGUUACUCAUGAACCUUAUCCUAAUGCAAGCAGGCUACCCGCCAAUCAUUAUAAAAGUCGAAGAAAAGCAUCUAUAUUAUGAAUAUCUCGAGACUGCAAAUGCUGGUGAUGUAAGACCAUUUAUACGAUUUAUAGCUCGUAUAACUGAUGAUACACUUGAUGAGUAUCUGUGGUCUUGCAUGGAGAGGGGGUCUGGCUCUGGUAGUGCAAUCAAUGGAAAGAACCCACAGAUUUCAGUUCCAGAUGAUGGCAAAACUAUCAUAGUUGAACACGAUGAUAUGUAAUCUGGUAUGCUAGUAUACAGUAAAACUUGUGGGCAGUGAACCAUCUAUGUAUUUCAUUCUGUGUUUUCAUUAACUAAUCUGCUGUACAUUUAUUAUUGUCCAAGUAGUUUAAAAUGUUAAGCCAAAACUUAAAAGGUUACCAUUUUACUGCAUAUAUCUGUAUAUUUGAUAUAUCUCAUUAAAACGUUCAACUCCAUCCAAAGUAUUAUAAAAAGUGAUAUCUGUGGAAUUUUCUCUAUUCCAUAGAUAUUGCUUUUUUCCAUGCAUUUGCAAAAUAUCAUAAACAUAUUUAUAUGUUUCAUACAUGUACAAAUUUGACCUCAACUAUGGGA